AUGACCACAGUGCAAUCGGUCGAAGAACCUGGACCAGUUCCCAUCCUCAUACGACCGCCUCAAAGUGCGCGCAUCAACGAGAACGAGUCAGUUCGCUUCACUUGUCAUGUUUUGGCCAAGCCUCCAGCAAAUGUCACUUGGUACAUAAACGGCCAACCUGUGCCCAAUGUUGGCGAGUUGGUAUCCCCCUCAGAAAAGGAAGAAAGUGAACAAAGCAUCCGACCUCACCAGGCACGUUUCGACGGACUCAUGCACCAUUUGGAGAUGCGCAAAUGUCGGCCAGAUGAAUCAGGCCAAAUUUUGGUUAUAGCUAGACGCUCUGAUAUGCCUCGUGAGAUCGUAGACUCUUCACCGGAGAACUCCACCUCUGCAACGGUUACUCUUGAGGUCGUCCCGGUCCAAGACUUGAGAGCACAACUCAGACCAGUCCGACGUUCAUUACCGGAAGCGGCCCCCAUUCAGGCGGUCCAGAUCAUGCCAGCGGCUACACCGUCAGGCAGAAUUCCGUACUUCACAAGACCCCUUCAGCCAACAACGGUCGUUGAAGGCUCGUUAGCCGACCUCUACGUCGAAUUUGAGUCUGAACCAUCCGCCGAGAUCAAGUGGUUCCGAAACGGCCUUGACAUUUCCUCCAACCCAGACUACAAAAUUACCACAACUGAACUAACUAGUCAUCUAGUAAUUUCGGAGACCUUCCAAGAUGAUUCAGGCACAGUCAUGGUUACUGCAACUAAUCCACUUGGACAGGCUUCUACAAUGGGUGUCCUUCAUGUCACUCCCGCAAUUCGGCUUACGCCAGUUCGACCGGUAACUGUCGGCCAGCCACCGCAAUUUCUGCCACCUUUACUUCAAGAUGGCCUAUUCAACCUUGGGGAACCUGUCACACUUGAAUCCAAGGUGAUCGGAGAGCCUUUGCCUGAAGUGAAAUGGGAACGUAACGGUCAGCUCAUUCAACCGACUGAGGCCUCUUACUUGCGCAGAUUUGACGAACCACCUUUCCACACUCUUCUGCUCUGUGAGACACGGCCUGAGGAUGCCGGUCUGUACAAGUGUAUUGCAACCAACCCGCACGGACAGGCUGUGUGUGCUGCACAGAUUGUGGUUGAAUUGCCCCCUGAACCUGUUGUACAGCCCAUGAGUCCGCCGGUAAUCCUUGAGGCUCCUAAGGACAUCACAGUGUCUGAGACGCAGAGCGUUGUUCUGCAAUGCCGGGUAAAAGGAACACCGAUCUCAAAUGUUCUUCAUUUUGGGCUUCUUUGCGUACACUAUGAAGGGUUAAUUGAAUAG